GUGGAGUUGGGGUGGGAGCGCACCGGGAGCCUCAGCGCGUGUCCCACGAGCAGUUCCGGGCGGCGCUGCAGAUGGUGGUGGACCCUGGGGACCCUCGCACCUACCUGGAGAACUUCAUCAAGAUCGGGGAGGGCUCCACCGGCGUCGUCUGCAUCGCCACCGUGCGCGGCACCACCCGCCUGGUGGCCGUCAAGAAGAUGGACCUGCGCAAGCAGCAGCGCCGCGAGCUGCUCUUCAACGAGGUGGUGAUCAUGAGGGACUACCAGCACGAGAACGUGGUGGAGAUGUACAACAGCUACUUGGUGGGUGACGAGCUCUGGGUGGUGAUGGAGUUCCUGGAAGGCGGCGCCUUGACCGACAUCGUCACCCACACCAGGUACAGCGCCAGGAGCGG